AUGGCAAGAAGCAUUUCUACGAAAACCUUCCUGAACAAGUGGGCCGCCUUAUUUGUGGUCCCCUCCACCAUCAACCUUGUUCCAAAAUCUCACACGACUUCUGGGGACGAACCGAAUUCGAACGAACGCCUACCACCGUCAAUCAAGUCGCAUGGUAGAACGUCUUCACUGACAAUCCCUUUAACAGCUCACAGUAACUCGUCGCGUUGGACGGACGUGUUACCUCUUGUGCUACUUGGCCUUAGAUCAACCGCAAUUACUCUCCUCAACAUCCCAACCGUCAUGGUCGAAUCCAUGCAACUACAUCGGUUAUUUAUGGAGGACAAUGAGCAAGCUGAGAUCUAA